UCAAUUCGAAGGCUGCAGGCUCCGGAGGUCGCAUAUGCAGGCUGCAUACGUCAUGAAGCCUGCUUUAUUUAAGUUAACCGAGCAAUACAUUCGCAAGUCAUAAGCAUAUUACAACGAUUUACGAUUAACUAAGAAUAACAGUAAAGUUUAUAAUUGUUAGUAUUCUGAAAUAAGACAGUCUUGAUGACGUUUGCAGCCUACAAAUGUGACCUUCGGAGGCUGCCGGCUUCGGAUUGAGAAACGACCAAAGUUCGAAAACAUCGUUCAUCUUCCGCAAACUAGAUCACGUGACGUCCACUUUUGUAAUUCAUUGGUCGCCACGGGUGACCUCUGUAGACUUCAAUCCCUACUUCCAUACAGUGGUUCUCAGGGGGGCCGCGAGAUGGUGCCAGGGGGGCCCCAGUUUUAUGACAUUUUAUAAAAUAAAUUAUUUUAUCAUGAAUUCUGUGUAAUUAAACCUAAAAAAAUAAGGCUACUAACCAACAGCACUACUUUGUAUAACUUAAUAUGUUUUGUUUAAUUAAAAUGUUACAUUUUAGAACAGUUUUUUGUCAUAAAUUUUCUUUGAUAGGGCUGCAAAGGAAUGCACCGUACACAAGGGGGGCCGCACGCGGAAAAAGUUUGAGAACAACCACUGCCAUACAGUUUGUGAUUUCGAAAAGCUGAAUUCUCCAUGAAGAAACACUCAGAAACCUACUUGUGUAAUGACAGGUUAUCUCCAGUACAGUAGGAGUCGCUCUGCGGCUCUUUACUCCUCCGAUAAACCCACUAAAGAAAGAAAGGGAAAAAGGAAGAAAAAGAGAGCUCUCGUGUGAUGUUUUUGUAUCAUCGGUGUUUUUCUCUUUUGGGUGUUUUAUUGAUUGUUAAGAGAGUCUUGUCUCUGUGUAUUUGAAACCUUCACAGAGUCUCUGGAUUCUGUCUGUAACGCUGGAGAACAGCAGCAGGUCCGGCAGACCGAACCGAAGAUGUGUUCAGUCAAACUGGAGGACUGCAUGGUGGAGAUAAAAACAGAAGCCACAUCAGAUGAAUAUGAAGACAAACAUAAUGACUGUCAUGACUUUAUUCCGUCAGAUGUGAAGAGUGAAUGUUGCGAAGGAGAAAUAAAGUCUUCGACAUCAAACGACCAACUGACAGCACAAACACUUUCCUGCAUCACACAGAGACAUGAGGGAAAACGCGAAGAACAGAAACUCUCCACCAACUUAAAAGCCCAUCAGAGAAACCAUACUGGAGGGAAACCUUACCACUGCUCUCAAUGUGGAAAUAGCUUCACUAAUUCAAGUACUUUUAAAGUUCAUCAAAGAGUUCAUACGGGAGAAAAACCUUAUGGCUGUAAUGUUUGUUGGAGGAGUUUUGGGCGACGUGACCAUUUAGUGAAUCACCAGAGAACUCAUACAGGUGACAGACCUUACAAAUGCUCACAGUGUGAUAAGACGUUUACUCAGUCGGGUCACUUAAAAAUCCAUGAGAGACUUCAUACUGGAGAGAAACCUUACCACUGUUCUCACUGCGGAAAGAGCUUCACUUAUUCAAGUUCUGUUAGUGUUCAUCUGAGAGUUCAUACGGGAGAAAAACCUUUUCACUGUAGCGUUUGUGGGAGGAGUUUUAAUCAACAUGAACAUUUAGUGUCACACCAGAAAACUCAUACAGGAGAAAGACUUUACAAAUGCUCUCAGUGUGACAAGACGUUUACUCAGUCAAGUCACUUAAAAGUUCAUCAGAGACUUCAUACUGGAGAGAAACCUUACCACUGCUCUUACUGUGGAAGGAGAUUCACUAUUUUAUCACAUUUCAAAGUUCAUCAGAGAGUUCACACUGGAGAGAAGCCUUACCAAUGCUCGAUCUGUGGAGAGAGAUUCACUUAUUCUGGAAGUUUUCAGAAUCAUCAGAAGAAACACACUGAAGAACAAACUACACUGAAAUCGUCAUAGUGCCUUAAACUCUAUACACACUUAUGUAUAUACUGUGUAUAUUCAGCACGAUAAUAUGCUAAAACAAUUCAUAUCUAUAAAUUGCUAUUCACGGUUUGAAAAGUUUUUUUUCCGACAAUUGUGUCGAAUUUUCCCUCUUUCGCCUGGGUCGAGGAGACACUGCUGUAACUCAGAGCGAGACUGUGACCCUAAACUGUAUUGACCGCAUGUAAAAACACAGUUGACAUUGAAAUCAAACUAAGUUUUAUUCAAAGAGGACAUCUAUUGAAAAUCUGACUUUUUCCAUGUUUAAGUGCUUUAAUUGGGUCCCCAGUGCUUCUAUCAACAUAGAAAAUUUAAAAAGAACAGCCCAUUAACCUAAACCAUUCUCUGCAAGCAUGUAAAAAUAAAACCGCCCCUUAAUCUGCACUAUUCAAGCAUGGCACUGGCAUUUAGUGCAGAGAUCAGCUCAUUUGCAUUUAAAAGGACACACCCAAAAAUGGCACAUUUUUGUUCACACCUACAAAUUGGCAUUUUCAAAUGUAGUUCUAAACGUAGGCUCGGGAGAAGCCUAUACAUUCAGGCCUGUCAAUCACCAUUAUGGGCAUAUAAAAGGCCUCCAGGUCCAGCUGCAUUUUUUUCCGGCAUCCCUCCUCCUCCCCAUCUCCGCAUUCACUGCUCUCUUUCUCCCUCUGUGCAGUUUCUGUUGCAGGGGGUAAAACUUUGGGCUCGAGCCCCGGCCUCAGGUUCGCUCUCUCUGAAGGUUCAGAGCUCUUGUGCAGUGCAAGCCAAGUUCAUUUACACCUGAACUUCACAUAAGUACUCUCAGGACACCAAAGAUUUAUUUGACAUCACAAAAAGUCUUGUGAAAUGUCCCCUUUAAAUUGAGCUUUUCACAAUUAUAUUUUACAGGUAGCCUAAGGACUUUGAUUUGCAUUACUCCUGACACAAAUUAAUUCACAUCAACUGUCACUAUAAGAUUUGCAGAAUAAAAUAAAGGUCAAAUAAUGAAGCUUGAGUCUUAGAGUUUUUAAAUGAUAUAUUUGUUUAACGUAUGUACAAUCUUUUAAUUAUAAACUAACAGUACCUUUGCAUUCAUGUAAACACAGAGCUCUUCUUUAGUGUACUAACUUCCUCGUGCAGGGUUACAGGUUCAUUCUCUUUGUUUGAUUUAUAUUCAGUGUGACACUACUUAAAUCCCACUGAUGUUAUUCUUUAGUAAUUCUAUACAAUGUCUUAUCUUUAUGAUUUAAUGCUAUGUGUUUGUCUUUUUUUCUUUCUUUAGCACUUUGACUAUUUUUAUCCACCUUUUUUGUCAUUAUGCCUAUGUGCAAUCUCACAUCACUAUUGCAUAUAGAGACUCUAUUCCCUGAUGCUGGAUCUUUACCUUUAGUUAUAAUCAUCAUCGUGACCACACCAUGAAGAAACGUGUAAUGAACAACAGGAUGAAGUAUUGAACGUCUCCAGUACAGUAGGAGGCGCUCUGCAGCUCUAUAGUCCGCGGUAAAUAACCCCACUAAAGAAAGAAAGCUCGCAUGUGAUUUUUUUUUUAUUCAUUCUACUAUUAUGAACAGUGAACAUAGAAAGGCAAUACAGAAUCAAUUACUUAAAUCAAAUAUGACAAAUACAAUAGACAGAUACAGGAAUCAAAAUAAAAAAAUUCGUUGCAUGUGAUUUGUUUGUUUAUUCUCAGUGUUUUAUUGAGUGUAAAGGGAGUCUUCUUGUCCCUGUAAAUUUUAGUGUUGAGAUGAUGAUGAUAGACAAGUUGAAAGUGAUGUGUUCAAUCAAUAGGAACUGAUCUGUCCAUGCUGGAUAUUGAUGAUUUCAUCACAAAAAUCUGACAUAGAAUCAAAUAAUAGGGAAAAAACAACCCAGUACAUUAGUUUUGGUAAACCAUUCUCUUCAAGCAUGUGAAAAAUGACGGUCAUUGAAAUUUGGCUCCCCUUGUGAUAUCAAAAAGGAAUCUUAUUAUAAUAAUACCGCCCCUUAAUCUGCACUAUCCAACCACGCCACUGCCAUUUAGUGCAAAGAGAGAAACAAAUGUGUCCAUCAAUGUAAAUGAUGUGCGAAGUAGUUAAAGGCGGGGUGCAUGAUCUCUGAAAGCCAAUGUUGACAUUUGAAAUCACCAAAACAAACACACCCCAAUCGAAUCUCGACCUUCUUUUGAUAGAUCUGCCCCACACAUAUGCAACCCAGGCAAAGAUGUCUGUUAGUAGACGCCCCUUACAGCUGAUUGGCUACAAGUGUGUUUUGGAAGUCUGCCUGACUCUCUUUUUCAAAGUGUUUUUCAAAAAUCAUGCACCCCGCCUUCAAACCAAAAAGUACAUGAUAAAUCAAGUUAUUAAAGAUGUUGUUUACUACUAUGAAUCCCAAAACGUUUUUCCUUGAAUACUGUUAACUGUUUUAUUUUAUAUGCUAAAUUCUUCAUCCACAAAUAAA